AUGGGCUUUAAAGUGACACCAGCUAGGGGGCUCAAAAAGCUCGAAUCGGCUGGAUCGCUAGGCUCCAUCUGCUUGAUAGGGCAGGCUCGGGUUCCGUUAGUUGUCAAGGAUAAGGCGGGCCAUGACCUCUCCUUCAACUUGCAGCUCAAUGUUGCCGACGGCCUCAAUAUGAAACUGGGCAGGUCCACUAUAAUUUUGGGGAUGGAGACCCUCAAGCGUUUGGAGGCCACCUUGCAUACUACGGAUGAUACACUCUAUUGCGGAGCAUUGGGUUCAACUUGGUCCUUGUCACCUUAUAGCGGCGGGAGCAUCUCCAGCGUUCUCACUGAUACACGGCUCAAGUUGCCCAGUAGGAGUAAGGUGGACGAACGUCUUAAGGGAUGGUCGUUCCCCAAGGUCACUGUCCAGCUGAAACCUGGUGCCGUGCGACCCUGUCCCAAGCGGCCAUAUGUGUGUCGUAAGCGCGAGAUGCAGGCCAUGGAGCUCAUGGUCAAGAAUCUCGAGAAGAGCGGGAUCAUCACUCGCCUAUCACGUGCAGCGGUCGAUCAUCGUCAAGUUUGGAUCUCUCCUGCGUUUGCGGUACCGAAAGCGGCCGCAGACGACGUUGCCGAGCCCUUGACUGAGGAUAAUGUAGAUCGUGCUUAUCGUCUCGUCGUUGAUGAAAGGUGUAUCAAUGAGUCCGUCAUGGACCUGCUACCUAGCUGGGGGACCUACAUGCGCUCCGUAGAUGAGUGCUUGUCUGAGCUACCCUCUAGUGACGUAUGGUACGCAGGCAUUGAUGUUGGCCAAGCCUUCUUCAACCUAGAAUACGACGGAAGCUGUGCCCCCCAGUCGCAUAAUCCUGGAGCCAAGGAGGUCAAAGAAUAUCCUGUGGGAAGGGACAAUGCGGCUGGUGGAGGUAACUCGAAGGAUGGCAAAUCUGGAUGCUCCUACUGUGCUACUCGAAGGUACAGAGGGGCGAAUAAGCACGACGACGCGCGCUGCUGGAAGAACCCUGCGAACGCUCACUUGGUUCCGGACUGGUAUCGUCAGCGCCAAGCUGAAGCUGCAGCAGCCAAGGCAUCGAAAGGGCAAGGGGACGGGCAAGAGACCGUCCCAAAGGCCGUCCAAUCGACGUUCAUGCCACGCUCCGUUGACUCUGCUCAUGAAGGCCUACGCGUCAUCAGAGCUUCUGCUACCGGUUCAUCCGGCCGAAUUCUACCAGUAGAACUGCUGGUCGACUCUGGUUCGGAUCUGACAUUAAUAUCAUCCUCGUCGGCGAGCAUUAUGGGCUUUAAAGUGACACCAGCUAGGGGGCUCAAAAAGCUCGAAUCGGCUGGAUCGCUAGGCUCCAUCUGCUUGAUAGGGCAGGCUCGGGUUCCGUUAGUUGUCAAGGAUAAGGCGGGCCAUGACCUCUCCUUCAACUUGCAGCUCAAUGUUGCCGACGGCCUCAAACACCCUGGUCUCGGACCGUCCGAUGCUCUGGGCAAGAUCGAGGGUCGUCUCAACUCCUCUACCUACCAGCCUACUACUCGACAGACUAAACGGUGGCUCUCGUGGCUGGCAGACCUGCUGGAGUACGAUGAGGCUGAUCUAACCUACCGCCAUGCGAAAGGGAAGGAUAACUCUUUCAGCGAUCUCCUGAGUCGUCUUGCUCAAGGGGGACAGCGGUAUGUCCCUGAGGGUGGUGGCGAAGCGUUUGUCUUGGUGACCUCGACAUCACCCUCCCAAAGUGAACUACCUACCACGGAUCGUUCUGCCUCUGUCCACGACUCUACCAGAUGCAUUCUGGCGGGUGACCUGAGAGUUCAGUUGAUAACUCUUCAGAAGGCAGACUCCUCUACCCUCCUCCAUGGUGCUACGCUACAGGCAUGGCAACAUCACUUUGACGGAGCUGGGAAACUUCAGAAAUUAGCCGCGGAGGCUAAAGCUCUCGGCCUUGUCACCCAUGUUGGAGGGUCAUUCCAGGAGGCGUAG